AUGACGGUAGAUUUGAAUAUUCCAUAUUCAGCAUGUGAAUUAAAGAGAGUAAAACGAUUAGAGUUAGGUGUUUUAGAUCCAGAAAUAAUAAAAAAGAUAAGUGUUUGUGAAGUAGUAAAUGUAGAUAUAUAUAAAGAUGGUUUUCCAAGAGAAGGUGGCUUAAAUGAUAUACGAAUGGGUACUAUUGAUUAUAGGACUUUAUGUGGUACAUGUAAUAUGAAUGUGAAAUAUUGUCCUGGUCAUUUUGGUCAUAUAGAAUUAGCUAAACCAAUGUAUCAUUAUGGUUUUAUGAAUGUAGUAUUGAAUGUUUUAAGAUGUGUAUGUUAUCAUUGUGGUAGAUUAUUAUGUAAUGUAAAUAGUUCUAAAGUUAAAUAUAUUGAAAAGAUUAAAGUGAAUAGUUUAAGAUUAAGAAAAUUAGCUGAACUAUGUUUAGGCAUAAAGGCAUGUGAUCAUUCUAUAGAAGAAGAAGGAUUAAAUAUUAAUGAUAAUUCUUUAAAUAAUUUUUAUAACAAUGAUUUAAGUAAUUUAAAUAUGAAUCAACAAAUGGUUUUAAAUAAAAGUAAUUAUACGAACCUAUUUGAAAUGGUAAGUAAAGAAGAUGUAGAUUGUGGAUGUGUUCAACCUAAAUAUAGUAGAGAAGGACCAAAUAUGUAUAUUCAAUUUUUACAUAGUAGUGAAGAAGAUAUUGAUGAAAGUAAAAGAAAAUUAAGUGCUGAAGAAGCUUUAGAAAUAUUAAAGAAAAUAAGAAAAGAAGAAAUGAGUAUAUUAGGAUUUAAUUCGGAUAGAUGUAUACCAGCUUCUUUAAUAUUAACAUGUAUACCUAUACCACCACCAUGUGCAAGACCUUAUGUUCAAUAUGGAAAUCAAAGAAGUGAAGAUGAUUUAACUUUAAAAUUAUUAGAUAUUGUAAAAACAAAUAUACAAUUAAAAAGGCAAACAGAUAGAGGAGCAAAAUCACAUGUAUUACAAGAUUUAUGUUCCUUAUUACAAUUUCAUAUCACAACUCUUUUUGAUAAUGAUAUUCCAGGUAUGCCCAUAGCAACCACCCGAUCUAAAAAACCUAUAAAAGCUAUAAGAACAAGAUUAAAAGGUAAAGAAGGAAGAUUAAGAGGUAAUUUGAUGGGUAAAAGAGUAGACUUCUCAGCAAGAACAGUUAUAACAGGAGAUCCAAAUUUAAAUAUUGAUUAUAUAGGUGUUCCUAAAUCUGUAGCUAUGACAUUAACAUUUUGUGAAACUGUAACACCUUUAAAUUAUGAUAAUCUAAAGAAACUAGUAGAAAGAGGUCCAUAUGAAUGGCCUGGGGCAAAAUAUAUUAUUAGAGAUAAUGGUACGAAAUAUGAUUUAAGACAUGUACGAAGAAAUUCAGAGAAACAAUUGGAAUAUGGAUAUAAAGUUGAAAGACAUAUGACAGAUGAAGAUUAUAUUUUAUUUAAUAGGCAGCCUUCAUUACAUAAAAUGAGUAUUAUGGGUCAUAAGGCUAAAAUAUUACCAUAUUCAACAUUUCGUUUAAAUUUAUCAGUUACAUCUCCAUAUAAUGCAGAUUUCGAUGGAGAUGAAAUGAACUUACAUUUAGCUCAAUCACAUGAAACCAGAUCUGAAAUCAAACAUUUAAUGAUUGUGCAAAGACAAAUUGUAUCACCACAAGGUAAUAAACCAGUUAUGGGUAUAGUUCAAGAUUCAUUAUUGGCUAUAAGAAAAUUUACAAGAAGAGAUAAUUUCCUUACAAAAGAAGAAGUAAUGUCCUUAUUAAUUUGGAUUCCAUAUUGGAAUCAUGUAAUACCAACACCAGCAAUAAUAAAACCAAGGGCAUUAUGGACAGGUAAACAAAUUUUUUCGAUGUUAUUACAAUUUGAUGAUAUGAAUAUACAAGAUGAUAAAAAUGAUAUAACUAAUAAUAAAGCUGGUAGAGAUGUUAAUAUGAAUAUUAGCAAGGAUAGUAGUAAAAUCAAUAAUAGUGGUAAUUAUUAUUAUGGUAAUUCAACUAAUGAUAAUAAUGAUAAUUAUGCAGAAAAGGGAAAUGCAUUUUCAAGAAGUGGAAAUAAUCAUCCUAAUAGUCCUCUAUCAAUUGUAGAUAAUAUAAAUGUAGGAAAUGCACAACAAAAUGAUAUCAACCCUACCACCACAAACAAUAAUAAUAAUAAUAAUAAUUUUAAUAAUAAUAAUAUUGGUGGAGGAGUUAAUUCAUUUAAACGUUUUAAUAUGGUAAAAAUUAAUUUAAUGAGAGAUUCUUCAACAUCUUCUAAAGAUGAUAAUCCAUAUUGUUCAAUUAAUGAUGGUAAGGUUAUUAUAAAAAAUAAUGAAUUAUUAAGUGGUAUCAUAUGUAAAAGAACUGUUGGUUCUUCUAGUGGAUCGUUAAUUCAUAUUUUAUGGCAUGAAAUGGGUCCAGAUAAAACAAAAGAUUUUUUAUCAGCAUUACAAAAAGUUACAAAUAAUUGGCUGGAAUAUGUUGGUUUUACUGUCAGUUGUUCAGAUAUUAUUGCAAGUAAUAAAGUAUUAGGCAAAGUGCGAGAAAUAUUAGAUAAAUCUAAAAGUGAAGUGUCAAAACUUGUUGAAAAGGCACAAAAAGGUGAAUUAGAAUGUCAACCAGGAAAAUCAUUAUAUGAAUCGUUUGAAACUAGAGUUAAUAAUGAAUUAAAUUGUGCAAGAGAAAUGGCUGGAAAAGUUGCAUCAGAAAGUUUAGAUGAAAGAAAUAAUAUUUUUAGUAUGGUGGCUAGUGGAUCAAAAGGUUCUAUUAUUAAUAUAUCUCAAAUUAUAUCAUGUGUAGGUCAACAAAAUGUUGAAGGAAAAAGAAUACCAUUUGGUUUUAAUCAUAGAUCUUUACCUCAUUUUAUUAAAUUUGAUUAUGGUCCUGAAAGUAGAGGAUUUGUAUCUAAUUCAUAUUUAAGUGGAUUAACACCACAAGAAGUAUUUUUCCAUGCUAUGGGAGGUAGAGAAGGUAUUAUUGAUACUGCAUGUAAAACAUCUGAAACAGGGUAUAUACAAAGAAGAUUAAUAAAAGCAAUGGAAGAUGUUAUGGUGCAAUAUGAUAGAACUGUGAGAAAUUCAUAUGGAGAUAUUAUUCAAUUUUUAUAUGGAGAAGAUGGUAUGGCAGGUGAAUAUAUAGAGGAUCAAGUUUUAGAUUUAAUGAAAUUAGAUAAUAAAGAAAUUAAUAAAUUAUAUAAAUAUAAUUUUGAUGAAGAACCAUAUGGAAAAGAUUUUUAUAUAGGUAAUAAAAAUGAUGGUAGUAGAAAUCCAUCAUAUAUAGAUUAUAAUAAACAAAAUAUAUUAAAUCAAGAAUUUGAAGAAUUAUAUAAAUGUAAAAAUUAUUUAUGUAAAGAAAUAUUUCCAGAUGGAGAUAUAAGACAACACUUACCAAUAAAUAUGAAUAGACUUAUUGAAUAUGCAAAAUCUCAAUUUCCAUGUAUACCAUUCGUAAGUAAUAAUAAUAGUAGCAACAAUAAUAAUAAUAGUAGAAAACUUAUGGAGAAGGGCAAUUUAUCAUCUACACAUAAUCCUUUGGAACGUAAAAAUAGAAAUAGAAGAAAAAGAAGAAGGAGAAAAAAUAAAUUUGAUAAAUAUAAAAAUGAAAAUAAUGAACUUAUGUCUGAAAUUAAAAAGGAGUAUGAAAAUAAUGAUCUUAAUAAUAUGAUAAUAAGUAAAGGAGAUCAAUCACCUUUUAAAGGUAUGGAUGAAUUUCAUAUGGGUGAUGCAGAUAAUGACAUGGGAUCUGAUAUAGACAAUAAUAAUAAUUAUGAUAAUGAUGAUUAUGAUGAUGAUGAUGAUAAUUAUGAUGAUGAUGACGAUGAGAAUUAUGAUGAUGAUGAUGAUAAUUAUUCAGAUAAUAUUAAUAUAGGAGCAAAAAAAUAUUAUGGAAAUACCAUAAAAUAUAAUUAUGAUGAGAAUUCCAUGUUAAAUCCUAUUGAUGUAGUACAUAAAGUUAAUAAUUUCUUAGAAAAAUUAGUAAUAAUUAAACAAAUAAAUAGUAAUGAUACUUUAUCAGUUGAAGCUCAAAAUAAUGCUACUAUUUUGUUGAAAGCACAUUUAAGAACUUAUUUGAAUUCAAAACUUUUAACUCAAACACAUAAAAUUAGUGUUAAAGGAUUAGAUUGGUUAUUACAAGAAAUAGAAAAAAUAUUUUAUAAAUCUUUAUGUCAUCCAGGAGAAUGUGUAGGAGCUUUAGCUGCUCAAUCAAUUGGAGAACCUGCAACUCAGAUGACUUUGAAUACAUUUCACUUUGCUGGUGUGGGUUCAAAAAAUGUUACAUUAGGUGUUCCAAGAUUAAAAGAAUUAAUAAAUAUAGUAAAAAAUGUAAAAACUCCAUCAACAACAAUAUAUUUAGAUGAUAUGGUUUCGAAUGAUCAACAAAAAGCUAAAGAUAUUCUAACCAAAUUAGAAUAUACUACAUUGAAACAAUUAACUUCGCAUGCACAAAUUAUUUAUGAUCCUAAUACAACUACAACUAUUUUAGAGGAAGACAAAUCUUGGGUUAACGAAUUUUAUGAAUUUCCAGAUGAAGAUGAUACUCAAUAUUCUCUAGGUGAAUGGGUAUUAAGAAUACAAUUAACAAAUAUACAUGUAAAUGAAAAAAAAUUAACUAUGAAAGAAAUUGUUUAUAUUAUAUAUUCUGUGUUCUCAAGUGAUGAAUUAGAUAUUAUAUAUACAGAUGAUAACUCAGAAGAUUUAGUUUUAAGAAUUCGUGUGAAAUAUUUAAAUGGUGAAUACAAUUUUAUGAAUUAUGAUGCUGUAGAUCAUCAUAAUGAACAAGUUGACGAACAAGAAGAAGAAGAUGAAAACAUAGUUGAUAAUGACAGAGGUAAUUUUGAUGAAGGAAAAAAUAGUACUCAUCCUCAUCAUGAUUAUGAUAACAAUAGCACAAAUAUAUUUAAGUCUAAGGUAAAAAAUAAUAUAUCAUCAGAUAUAAAUACUAAGAAUGAAGAUAAUAUCAGUAUAAAUAGUGGUAACAAUGAAGAGGUAAACAAUAUUAGUUCCUCACCUGUUCCAAAUAAUAUUUAUAAUAAUAAUAAUAAUAAUGAUGUUAAAGUGAAGAAUAUCAAAAAAGAAGAUGGAAGUGGAGAUGAUGAUUCUAAUGCAUCAGAUUUGUUUGGAAAUAAAAACAGCCCAAAUGAAGAUAACAGCAUGAACAAUGAUAAUAAUGAUAAUAAUAAUGAUGAGGUUGACGAUUUUGAUGACGAGGGUGAUGACUUUUUGUUUGGUGAAAAUAAUGUAUCUCCAAAAAAUACGAAAGAUGGAAAAAAUAAGAAUACAAACAAAAGUAACAAUAAUAAUAAUAAUAAUAAUAGUAAUGAGAACAAAAAACAAAAGAAGGGAAAUAAUAAUAAUAGUAAUACUUAUGAUGAUGAUGAUGAUGAUAACAAGAGUGAUAUAACAAUCAAAGAGGAUGAUGACAUGGUAUUUAUGAAAACAAACAGCAAAAAUGCAGAAGACGAUUUAGAACUUAAGAAUAAGAAUCAUAUUGGACAUAAUAUUUCUAGAGAAGAUACAGAAGAUACGUUUUUAAAAAAACUAAUGGAACAAUGUUUAUCCACAUUAAAAUUAAGAGGUAUUGAGAAUAUAACUAAAGUAUAUAUGAGAGAGGAAUCAAAAAUAACAUACGAUUCAGAGAAUGGAAAGUUUGUUAGAAGUUCACAUUGGGUAUUAGAUACUGAUGGAUGUAAUUUAGAGAAUAUAUUUUGUGCACCACAAGUAGAUUUUAAAAAAACAGUAUCUAAUGAUAUUGUAGAAAUAUUUGAAGUAUUAGGUAUAGAAGCUGUAAGAAGAGCUUUAUUAAAAGAAUUAAGAACUGUUAUAUCAUUUGAUAGUUCUUAUGUUAAUUAUAGACAUUUAUCAAUAUUAUGUGAUGUAAUGACACAGAAAGGUUAUUUAAUGUCUAUAACAAGACAUGGUAUAAAUAGAGUAGAUAAAGGACCAUUGAUUAAAUGUAGUUUUGAAGAAACUGUUGAAAUAUUAUUAGAAGCAGCUGCAUUUGCUCAGGUAGAUAAUUUGAAAGGUAUUACAGAAAAUAUAAUGUUAGGUCAAUUAUGUAAAAUAGGAACUGGUUCAUUUGAUAUAAUUAUAGAUAAUCAAAAAUUGAAUGAUGCUAAUCAAAAUUUAGAAACUAUUCAAGAUUUAACAAGUGCUGGAUUUACAACACCAGAUAGUUUACAUGUUAUAACACCUGAUGGUUUACAAUCACCAGUAGCAAUUAAUACUAUUAAUUCUCCUUUACCAUUUUCACCAACAUAUAAUGCAAAUUUAUUAUCACCUACAGCACCUAUAGAUAAUGUUAAUAGUUUAUUAUCACCACAAUAUAAUUUACAGAAUUAUGGAGAUAAUGUAAUGUCUCCAUCAUCUAAAGAUAUAAAUAAUUUAGAUACAUUAAAAUUAGGUGGUAAAUUUUCACCAACACAAUCACCUAAAUCCCCAACAUCUGUUAUACAUUCCCCAUUCUCACCUUUUGAUCAUCAAAACCAACAACCAGUAGAUGCAACUAAUUUAUUAUUUUCACCUAAAAAUAAUAAUAUUAUGAAUUAUAAUGUAUUUUCACCUAAUCCAAAUAUGAAUAAUAAUAUUAUUCAAUCACCUAAUAUAUAUUCACCUAAUCCUAUGUUAGAUAUUUUUUCACCUAAACCUCAAAUUAAUCAUAAUAUUUAUUCACCUUCAUAUUCACCAACAUCACCUACAUAUAAUGCAAAUAAUGCUUAUUAUUCACCAACAUCACCAAAAAAUCAAAAUGAGCAAAUGAAUGUAAAUUCACAAUAUAAUGUUAUGUCACCAGUUUAUUCAGUAACAUCACCAAAAUAUUCGCCAACCUCACCAAAAUAUUCGCCAACAUCUCCAAAAUAUUCGCCAACCUCGCCAAAAUAUUCACCAACCUCGCCAAAAUAUUCGCCAACCUCACCAAAAUAUUCGCCAACCUCACCAAAAUAUUCACCAACCUCACCAAAAUAUUCGCCAACCUCACCUGUUGCACAAAAUAUAGCUAGUCCAAAUUAUUCACCUUAUUCAAUAACAUCUCCAAAGUUUUCACCAACAUCUCCAGCAUAUUCGUUAAGUUCACCUGUUUACGACAAAAGCGGUGUAGUGAACUCACAUCAGCCUAUGUCACCUGCAUAUAUUUUACAAUCACCUGUGCAGAUAAAGCAAAAUGUUCAAGAUGCCCAUAUGUUUUCACCUAUUCAGCAGGCACAUAUAGAUGAAGCAAAAAAUGACGACCCAUUUUCACCAAUGCCAUACAACAUAGACGAGGACGAAAUGAAGGAUGAAUGA